AUGGCGGAAUUUACAAAGGAGUUCAACAUUGAAAGGGGUAGUGGAGCUUACAGGGACUUCAUUGAUGACUUGCGCGUUGAAUUGGGAGAGACCUUUUCACACAAUAUUCCCCUACUUCCCGUUCAGCAGAAUUCACCCACUCGAUGGUUCAACAUCAUACUGCGAACCAACAAUCAUUGCAUCAAGCUGAGGAUUCGACGGGAUAGCCUAUAUUUCUUGGGUUACGAUGUCGGCUACAAUGCCCUAAAACGUGUUUCCGGACAAGGUAUGAAUAACAUAGCCCUUGACCUGACCGCACUCAAUAAUGCCGUAAAUGAUCUGGCUACCCCCACGAUUUCCUACGCAGAUCGCACGAGGUCACUGAUCAUCGUGAUUCAAAUGAUCUGCAAAUCGAUUACAUUCACUCGUAUCUCUGACCUUCUCGCUGCCACAUUUAACAAUAGUAGUUCUUCGCCACCCCCUGAUUGGAUGCUGGCACUAGUACGUAACUGGGGAGACCUCUUUGCCGCAUUGCUGCAAGCCGAUGCUGAUUCCAAUAAUUUCUUCCGACUUCCGCAACCCAAUGAUAUGAAUAUCGUGUCCACUCUAGACACGGUUAUCUUAAUGGCGGAAUUCACAAAGGAAUUCAACAUUGAAAGCGGUAAUGGAGCUUAUAGGGACUUCAUUGAGGACUUGCGCAUUGAAUUAGGAGAGACAUUUUCACACAAUAUUUCUGCACUUCCUGCUUAG